AUGUAUAAAAUAUUUUCUCUCUUACUGAUUAUUCUUGUUGGUAGUGUUGUCGCUAAUGUACACAAAUUUAAAAUUCGAUCAAAUCAUACUGAACGUGCUAUUUCAUCAUUAAUUCAUGGAACUAACAUUGUUCUUGAUAUUAUUCUUCAAUUUGGUAUUAUGGAUACAUGUGGUCAUUUGUGUGAUCUUGUAACUGAGAAGACUGGAUCAGCACUUCUUGGACUUGUUUGUACAGUGGGUUGUGAUUUUUUGGGUAUUGAAGAGUUUGCUAAAUUAAUGCAAAGUGCAGAUAUUGAUCCAAUCUAUUAUUGUGAAACAAUCAAACUUUGUCCAAUCAAUGAUGACGGUGAUGCUAAAUUUAAAUCAUUUACUAUUCUUCCAUCACGUGCUCAAACUGGUAGUACAAUUGAUGUUGACAUGGUUUUUGUAACAACAAAUGGAACCGGUACAGGUGAAAUGGUUAUUAUGAUUCAAACAGUCGAUAAAAUCCCACUUACUUCUGGUUUCUUAAGUGAAGCUAAAAAACCCGGUACUUAUGGUGAGCGUAUUACUAUUGAUACUACCGCUGAUCCAGAUUGUGAUCCUAGUCGAGAACAAUGUGAAUUGUGGUUAGAAGGUACUUAUAAUGUUACAGUUAUGCUUUGUAAUGGACAAUGUGGUUCACAUCAUCCUCAUACGACUUUGUAUGAUACAGGUCGAGGUUCUUUUACACUCUACGAAGAGUAA